GUCCAGUCCAUCCAGCUUCAAGAGACGAGCCAAGGUCGAGCUCGAGUUUGCAGUGACAAUUGUUUUUUUUUUUUUUUUUGCAAUUUUUAAAAUACACGUUAAUUAUAUAUUUUUGAUUUUUUUAAAAUACGUUUAUAAUUUUUGAGUAACUGUAUUGUAUUAUUAAGAAUGAAGAUUUUUAUAAUACUAGUUGCUUUAGCAGUGGGCUUGGAAGCUACAAAUAGAGGAAGAAAUAGAGGAAGAAUACGAUAUGGUGGUCGACAAUUACCUCUACCAGCUCAAUUUGAAGGUUCAACUACAGAAGAAAAUUGGGAGAAUAUUAAUGUUAAAAAAAUUGAUACUGACAUAGAAAAUCAGCUAACUGGUACUGACAACAGUAGUGCGUCUGUGAUUAUAACACCAGAGGAAAUAGCCGAUAUGAAUAAAGGAAUAUUUACAUCAAGUUUAGGAAGACAAUUUUAUCCGGGUUUUCCUACUGGUGAUGGAGAAUCGGAAGUGCCAAGUCCGUUUCCUCCAAAUCCUAAUCAGCCUGGACAACCAGGCCAACCUGGUAAUCCUAGUGGACAACCAGGUCAACCCGGUAAUCCAAAUGGACAACCAGGUCAGCCAGGAAAUCCUAAUGGACAACCAGGUCAGCCGGGUAAUCCUAAUGGACAACCUGGAUUUCCUGGUCAACCAGGACAGCCAAGUCAACCAUCAUUCCCAGGGCAGACAGGAUUUCCAGGACAGCCUGGUAACCCAAGCGGACAACCUGGAUUUCCGGGUCAACCUGGACAACCUGGAUUCCCAGGCCAACCAGGAUCUCCAAGUCAACCAGGAUUUCCAGGACAACCAGGACAACCUGGAUUUCCUGGUCAACCAGGACAGCCAAGUCAACCAUCAUUCCCAGGACAGACAGGAUUCCCAGGCCAACCUGGUCAACCAGGAUCUCCAAGUCAGCCAGGAUUUCCAGGACAGCCUGGAUUUCCAGGCCAACCAGGACAGCCAAGUCAACCAGGAUUCCCAGGUCAACCUGGACAACCAAGUCAACCAGGAUUCCCAGGUCAACCAGGCCAACCAGGAUUCCCAGGCCAACCAGGUCAACCAGGACAGCCGGGUCAACCUGGAUUCCCAAGUCAACCAGGAUUCCCAGGUCAACCAGGCCAACCGGGAUUUCCAGGCCAACCAGGUCAACCAGGACAGCCCGGUCAACCAGGUUUCCCAGGCCAACCUGGCCAACCAGGAUUCCCAGGACAGCCAGGACAGCCAGGCCAACCUGGUAAUCCAAAUGGUCAACCAGGAAGACCAGGCAAUCCAAACGGACAGCCUGGAAGACCAGGAAAUCCAAAUGGCCAGCCUGGAAGACCCGGAAAUCCUAAUGGACAGCCAGGACAACCUGGUAAUCCAAAUGGUCAACCAGGACAACCAGGUAAACCCGGUGGAAAACCCGGUCGACCAGGUAAACCAGGACGUCCCGGUAAACCAGGAUCCCCAGGAUCACCUGGACAAGGUCCAAUGAUUCCAGCUCCAGGAUGUCUUGCUGAUCGUGGUCAAUUUCCUAGUCCUAAUAGCUGUUCCAGUUACCUCAACUGUUGGGAUGAAACUGUCAUUGAGCAACAAUGCCCAAAUAAUCUAUUAUUUAAUGAUCAAACUGGCGUAUGUGAUUACGAACAAAAUGUUAAUUGUGGAAGUCGUCCAGCACCAACACCAAAACCUCCUAUGGCGCCAGGUUCUCAAAAAUGUCCAGAUCCAAAUGGACGCUAUAGAAGCCAGACAAACUGCUCAGAAUUUUAUAUCUGUCUCUCAGGUAGUCCAAUCAAGUUCAACUGCCCCGAAGGACUAGUCUACAAUGACGCUGUGAGUGUUUGUGAUUAUGCGUACAACGUAGAUUGUCAGGGAGCUGCAACUCCAAAGCCACUUCCAAUUCCUGAACCAGAACCUGAAAAUGGUGGUCCAUCAGGUGGAUCAAAUCCUCAGCGACCACCACAAGGACCACCAGGUGGACCUCAACAACCACCACAAGGACCAUCACCUGGUACAGGUGGAUCCCAACAACCACCUCAACCUCCAACUGGAUCAAAUCCAGGUGGCUCACAGCAACCAACACAACCACCUCCAGUUACUUUUCCACCAGGAGCAUAUCCUCAAAAUGGUUGGGGUUUUAGAACCAGCCCUGAUUCUUGGUACCAGCGUUCAGUAAAUUCUCCAUCAGUUAUUGAUGAUGGCCAACCCAAAAUGGAAGCACUUCAAAGUGAUCCUCCAACAAAAGAACAAGACACUUCAGAUGGACUUAAUUUAAAUAAUGCCUGGGAAACAAUGCAUGCUAUUCCUGUUGAAUUAACAAAAGUUCCUUGUCAAAAUGGAAUGAUUCAUCGUCUUGAUGAUGCUUGUACCAGUGUUAUUGUUUGUAAAAAUAAUAAACCACAACUGGUACAGUGUGAUACAGGUUUAACUUACGACAAACAAUCUGACUCUUGCCGACAUUUCAACGUUGCCAAGUGCUUUUAAUUUUAGAUUUUUGGACUGCUUGCAGCACCUCUGCCAUCUUUAAUUUUUAUCAUAGUUACAAUCGAUUUUUUUUUUAUAAUUUAAUUAUUAAUUUAAAGUUAAUUUUAUUUAAUUUACGUGUGGGACAUAUCUUUGACUCUCUUAAUUUUGCUUGUUGAUAAUUAAGAAAGAAAAUUCAAUUCAAGUUAUUUCAAAAUAUAAUUUAUCAAAUCUGUUCAAAUUUUUGUUGCAUUCAAAGACGCUAAACACAGCCUUUUAUUAUUUUUUUUUAUAAUCAAGUUUUAUUUUUCAUGUCAAUAAUAAUUAUUAUUAAAAUUUUUUUAAUUAAAUAAAUUAAUUGUAGAGGCUGUAGAGUUGGCUUAUCCCUGAACGCCACAAAAACUUGAAUACAUGUAGUUUUUUAAAUGUUCAUAGUACGUGAAUAAUAAAUUUUUUUCUUUCGUCAAUUACCAACCAAGUCAAACAAACGUAAUUAUUUUAAAUUGUAAAAUAGUUGCAAAUAAUCUGGGCUUAAUUAU